CGCAACCUAUCAAUGCUGGGUACCCAUAAAAACAGUAAAAAUAGCUCCACUUCCGUGGUGGGAACACUUCUCUCAUCAGAACAAAAGACUUUAUUACAAGAAGCAUCAUCGGAAACGCUGAUACAAUAUUUUUGUAGCCGAUUUACUACGGAAGAGGACAGAAUUUCUUUCGCUAAGCUCCAAGGCUUUAAAUUGGAUUUGUUCUCUAAUUUUUUGCAAAGAAGUGAAAAGUACGUUACUGCUCGAUUUGCCCUCCUGAAACUGUAUGCAUGGGAAAAAUUACAAUGGGAAAUCAAGUCGAAAGAUUAUGCUAGAUUCUUGUAUGAUUAUCAUAUUGCAAAAAAUUGGGAAGAAAUCAGAAAGAAAAUUAUAGAUGAUGCCAAACAAAUUCAUAGAAAAGCCAUUGUGUUUAUUGAUGGAGACAAUCUGUCAAAUGACUUGAGUCUACCUGAAUUGAUAGAGCAUUAUGAAAAAAAGAAAAAUUUACUGCAUGUAGUAAUUGUCUUUGCUAAUGGUGUUGUGAAUGAUGCAAUCAUGAGUUAUGAAACAAAAGAAUUCAUUUCAAUAAUGCACUCCAUCACUAACACCAAAGAUGCAGCUGAUACUUGCAUAUCGCUGCUGUUAGGAUCUUUACACUCGUCAUUACGUGCCUUUUACCCAACUGUCAAUCAUAGUUUUGUUGUGGUAACUAAAGAUCACUUCUUUGAGGAAUUGAGUAAGCAAUGUCUCCUUAUUGGAAGAUCUUGUUACCCUGCUAAAUCAAUUAGAGAUUGUGUUAAUAUUUUAAACAGGAUUGAUAACAAUGAAGUAAUUGAAAUUGUUGUUGAACAAAAAGUUACUAAUGCUAAAAUAUCAGGUGUUUCAGUUACUAAAAUUGUUGAAAAACCCACAAGUGAACAUCUAAAAGAAUUGUUCAAUGUUGCCUGGUUGGGAUUAGGCAAGUCUCAAAAUCAGUUCUGUAAAACACACAACUUGGAUUCCACAAACUUUUCCAAACAUAUGAAUGGUAAAAAGUAUAAUCAUGCCUGUAAAAUCAAAUUAGAGGAAUUCUACGAGUUAUAUAAGAAGAGUACAGACAAGACCUCUCACUUUAUAAUUAAUAAUUUCGGAAAUUUAAAGGAAAUUGAUAUUAACCACAAUAUUUCAGGAGAUACUAUUGAAUUCGAAAUUGAUUCUGAAGAAUUUUCUUUCACUACUCCACACGACUAUAAUCCUCUCUACAAGGAGUCAUACCCAGUACUUUAUGAAGAAUGGUUGAGUGAUAAUAGUGAUAUUGAUAAUGGCUAUAGAGCAGAUUUUCUUAAACUAGUCAAUUACGAAAAAACCAUUAAGGUAAAGUUACGUGGUAGUAUUUUGACCCUUCCCUUGAGAAUGAAAGAUUCAUCCAAUUCAUCAUAUAUUCCAAUUGAUAUAGAGUUAAGAAAGGAAGAAAACAAAAAUGUAGAGCUUUUCUUGAGAGCACCAAUUGGACAGGUUAACAAUACUAUACAUAUUUAUUUUACAUUCUCAUAUUGGACUCCUCAAGAAUAUAUUGCUAUCAGUGGACAUAUCUGCUGUCAAAUAUUUGGAGAUUUAUUUGGGUUGGAGGUUAAUACUUCUAUUACAACAGUAACUACAAUAUUCAAACCUACAACUAUUAAGAAAUCUAAUCAAGUGUUUUACCCUGAAAAUCAAAUAGCACUCAACAAGAUUAACAGAGUGAAUGAUUUGAUUGGAUUGAAGUGUGUAUUCAAUAAGAUGGGAGAUGAGUUUGUGCUAAAUACAAGAAACUCUCUCAAGGAUACACCUUCCAUAAGAUUUUUAUUGAAACAAAGUGUUAUGGAUUAUAUUAAAAACCGAGGUAAUUCUGAACAAGUUUAUGGAAUAAUUGAUUCGGUUGAAAGUGACGGUUGGGAUGUUUAUCGUGUUGGCUGUAAAGUGUUGUAGUAAUCUCUAUGCGACCAAUCUUAUCGAUUAAGAUGGCAAACGGAUAUAUAGACUGGCAAACAUAUUCGACAACAUGCGUUAAUAAAGAACAUUCUCUUGCAUUCUUUUUUUUUUGCAA